AUGACAAGUCCAAGAGGGAACGGGAGCGCAAUGGGCGCAGAGGAUAGAGCGGCGCGAUCGACGAGUGUGGUCUCAAUGGAGGACCCAGACGUGCGCAUGGCGGCUGAGGCACUCUCGGGACUGGGAAACCCAGCUUUCGCGCGAUCUUCCCAAGGGCAGAACAUGCACAUUUCAGCACAUGCAAGCCCAGGAAUGGCAGGCUCCGCUGCACAUGACCCUGAGCCUUUGCUUGAACUGAUAGCACAAGCACAUCCAUGGGUGGGAGGGACGAUCAAAGGAUCGAUAUCUGCCUACUCCACUACAAAGCACUACUCACCUCGCUUUGUGCAGUAUGGCUAUAAUCUAGUCGAGCGUAAUAUUACCACGCCUGUUGUCAGUGCGGUCAGCACAGUUGGAGGAAUCACCGGUAUGGAUAAUGGAGUCCGUCGGUAUCUCGAAGCACGGCGACCGACAGAUCUCGAGCACGGUGCGAAAGACUACAAUGCCAUGGAGAUCGAACACCACACGGAUGGGAUCACCAGACAAGGACGAGACAUCAUCACAGAGCAGCUACCAGCUUACGGCGCCAGCCGGCCGCCCUCCUAUCGAGAAGAAGCCAGUCCUGCGUCUGCAGAUCGAGCGAUGAAUCGACCGUCUCGCAACCGUAGCUGGUCAUCACAAGUCUUCGUUACCACCUCUGGCCUUUCAGUCGCUCUCAGCACAACCUCACGACAUUCCCUCCGCUUCUGCCUGAACAUGCUGAGCCACGCGUUCGCAAACGUAGAGCACUUGACUCGCGCGCUAUCCAUCGCAUUGAAUCAGUACGAGGGUAACCGCCAGCACCACCUGGACGGCGCAGCGCUCGAAAAGGGCCCUCGCCCAGCGACUCCUGAUCAAAACGAGAACGCACGACGACUGGCCAACGACAUCCGACAUUGCUGCGACCAGAUCAUGCAGACGCUGAAAUAUGUUGUCGACCACGUCAACAACUACGCCGGUGGAGCCCUGCCGGCCAACGCACGCGAGUUCGUCCGCGCGCAACUGAUGUCCCUCCCGCAGCGCUGGCGGCUCGUGUCAGAUGGAUCGCAAUCGACUGAAAGUGAUACCAGCCGGCAUGCGCAACGCAUGAUUGCCUUUGCGACGGAAGGGUUGGAUAUGAUGACACAGGUCAGUGGUGUAUUGAAGGCGACGUUAGAGUCUGCCGAGAGGUGGUUGGAGCGGGUUGGUAGGAGGGAUCAGCAGGAAGUGGAUCAGACGAUGCACGAUGAAAAGGUGUGA